AUGGCGUCGACACGGCACGUAUCGCGGUGGCAACUGUGCCGCCCGCCCCAUGUGUCUGGAAGCUCCGAAACUUUGCCAUUUUUUUCCUCGAACAGCGCUGAAGUGGCUGCAGCAGUGUCACCCUCUACACCUCCCGUGUCGCUGCGCUAUCUCAAUGAGUUCGUUGGCAAACUGCAUUGCGCUCCUGCCCUACUGCAACACGGCUUGUUCCCAGACGCAAAGGAGGUGACAGAGAGCAUGGCGCUGUUCAAUGCUGUGCGACGAUACAUUGAGCCCAAGAGCGAAGAAGAAAGUCUCAAGAUCAAUGGAAAACACGAUGGAAUUGUUGUCGUAGGAGACGGCAAUACUCCACGCACGGCUGCGAUGUUUGCGUUCCGGAUGCGAGGAUGGAAGUGUUAUAGUGUGGACCCAGCAAUGGAGAAGGGUACAAGCGAGGUGACGUUCAAAGGGCUGGGCGGACGUGUCGAAUUUAACGAGCGAUUGUGGUACUCGUACACGCCCAUGUGA